AAGGUCAUCUCGUCUUCCUAGCAUGGUGACGGACAGGCCUGAUCAUGGCCACGUGUCGCCAGUGUCUGAUGACAUCGACCACCCCGUGAGCCGCAUCCGCUCACUCAGUCUGCUGCAUCUUCCCCCCUGCGACGAGUUGCCAGAAUUACCUGAGCGUUAUCUGAUAAACACUUUCCACAGUUAUAUGUCCAAUAUCAACUUUCUGUGCGAACGUCAGCUACGGAUGGGGGGACUGGGUGAAGAUGGCUGGGACGUUUGUGAUGAUGACAGGCCCCGCCCCGCCCCUCCUUGUCUGGUGUACUCGGUCGGAACGUCACUUGGAUCCACCUUUGAUGACGACGUUCGGCGCCUCUACCGUUGUGAUGUUGUUGCUUUGAGAACUCACCCUGUAGAACACUACCGUCGUGCCCCUGGGCUGACGGUGAUGAGGGCAGGACUGGGCGUUGUCUACACAGGGAACAGAUGGGAAUUUCUCACCCUCCGGACACUUCAGGGACGCCUCAAUCAAACACAUCGCGCGCUGGAUAUUCUCAAAAUCGACUCCCAUGAUGAAGAUAAUAUGGCCUUUGAGUUACUGAUAACGGCACGUGACCUGUCACACGUCAGACAGCUGUUGAUUGAGUUCAGAGGGAGGCCAAGCACCACCUCCACUCUCCUCCGUCGUCUGAAGAUGCUGAGGAAAAUCCAUGAUGCGGGCUUCAGGAAGUUCUCAGUCCACGCAAAGAAGAAUUGUUCUUAUACAGAACAGUCCUUACCUUAUGAAGUAACUGGUUGUUACAAAAUGCACCUUGUCAACACAAACUCCAGGAAAUUCCAGCGUACAUAGUGUUCACAACGAUUGGGCGUCAAAGCAAACUU